AUGGGCUACGGCGCUCUAGUGACGAGACUACACGGCAAGCAUCAAUUGACCGCCUUGCCGGCCGACGGGACCAGCGGGCCUGGUUUCAACUGGAAAUACCUGACGCUGUGGGGCAUCUGCGGCGUUCUCCUCGGUGCUCUGCUGCCCUGGUUCGAUGGCGUUUGGGAGGAAGCGUUCGGUGGUGACAUGGCCGUGGUCGAUGGUGAGCGGGAUGAGACGUCGGACAACGCCAACAGAUCAAGUACGGACUGGGCUCUCGGGGUCCGGAGCAUCGGAGCCUUUGUGGGCAUAGUCUUUGCCAUUCGUCGUCUUCCGUGGGCGUCGACACUGCAGCUCUCGCUCACGCUGGCCCUCGUCAAUCCCUUCUUGUGGUACUUGAUUGACCGCUCCAAACCGGGCUUUCUGCUCUCCGCCGCAGUGGGCCUGAUCGGUUCUGCCGUGCUGACGGGCGUUGACCCUGAGAUGGUGCCCACGCCGUCGGCAUCGUCGUUUCGGAACGAGACAGUCUCGGAUUCCCUCACUUUUGGCGGCCUUGCCAGUCAAAAGACGAUGGAGACGGGAAUCUGGAUGCUGAGCGUCCUAUUCUGUAGCUGCGUGUGCUUCGGCAACAUUGGCCGCAGACUCGCCUUGAGCAAGCCGUAUGCUGCCCGGGGACGAUGUGCUUAG